UUAUUGAGAAGCCUUUGCGGGGAGGUUGAAAUUUCGAUGCCCUCUCCCAGCAAACAUUGAUCAGUCGGUAACAUCUGACUGCCUGUAAAAUACAUAAAAUAAAUAGGCCUAAGAAAUCAUGUAUAUUUAUCUCGUUAUUAUUAUUAUUAUUAAUUAGUAGCAGUAGGCUAGUUGUUGUAUUAGCAUUUGGUUACUAUGCGGUUACUAUGGGAUAGCGUGAGGUCACCAGAGUUUCUUGCGCACUCAAUGUAAUCGGAUCACACGCGGUUCUCCACUAAACUUAACACGCACGACUUUGAUACUUUCUGUUAUUUGAAGCUGAUCCUUUUGAAUGAAAAUAUAUGUUUUUUUUCUCUUUCUGGCUGAAACCGGUGCGUUCAAGAGAAAGUUUCAUCAAUGGAAUAAGGAAAAUUGCAGAUCUGUGAGAGACAGGUGAGAGAGGUUGAUUGCCUCAAUGUUAAUCUAACACUGUAGCUAAAUAUGCCGGACACGAGACAAUUAAAGCCGAAACCUGUUGCAACGAAACCUAAGCAUCCGAACAAGAAAACCAGUACAGCCGAAACAACACCUGCAGUCAGAACCAGAGAUGUCGGUGUCGGUUACCGCAAAAACAGGGCAUCAAGCUGCCCAAGAUGCACCCAUGACACCGAAUCCAAACCCAAAACAACGGAGAGAAGCACUAAAGCACAAAAGGCGAAACAGUCCGAGACUUUACCGAGGUCAAAACCUGCAACAUGUGCGCCGAAGGAACAGCCAAUGCCAAAAUCACAUUCGCAUGCUCUUUAUGAAAUCCACAGUCAAAAAGCAUUCACAGUAUUUGCACCAAACCCAAAGAAAAGACAAGACAUUCAGCAAAAAGCAGAAGCAGAACUGGCAGCUCUGGAGGAUCUGCGCUUGAGUCGGGCCAUGGGUUACAUUUCCAUAUCUCCUAGUACUGUGGGUGGAUGCUUAACUUUGGAAGAGGUCAGGGCAAAACAACAGCAAGAAAUGCAAAUCAAGAGAAGACAAAAGCAGGUUAAAAAUGUAUUUUAGAAACUUCUUCAGUUGUUCAAGAAUAAAGGUUAGAAUACUGCCGAUAACAGAUGAACAU